ACGAGUUUGACUCUGUCUAUGGCCUUCUCCCUCUUUGCCGUAUCGUUGGGGAAGUCCUUUCCGUCAGGCAACCCCUCUGGCUGAACCUGCUUUGGAAGCUCUGACGCAGGAAAGCUGAGUCGUGGGCAGCGGCUAAGGGAAGCCCACCAAUUCCUGAACUGCCUGGACCUCUAAAGACUGACAACCCCUAACAAUUAUGUGUGUGGUCAUUGCAGAACCUUGGUUUGGGAAUGUUUUCCAGUCUGGAAAAUCCCCCUAUGAUGUGUUGCUUCUUAGGGAGAGGGGAGAGAAGGACAAAAAAUAUAGAGACCUCACCCAGGGAAAGCGGGCUUUGCCAUUUCAUAUAAACAGAGCCUAACCUGCUGCUGUGGGAUCUCCUACAGUUGGGACAGAAAUCGUAUAAAUAGAUUCAAUGAGUGAGCAGAGCCCUGAAUUUAGUGCUUGCUUGAUGUGUGUAUUUCUUUUGGAAAUUGCUAUACUUCAGUCCAGACCUGGCUGUUGCCACCCUGGGAGGAGAUGGUGAGGGUGGGCAGAGGACAUAUAGUGCUGGGUAGACAGCUAAAUGUUAAUUUUUUAGUGCCUCUUUGGCCUCCCUUUCUCUGGCCUCGGCCCCCUUCACCCACCCUUUGAAACUGGGAGAGAGUACAGAGCUUUCUUUGGGGGGAUACAGAGAGAAGGACCAGGGUUUGAAGGCUCAAGGGAAACAGCUUAUUCUCCACUUUUCCCUUGGUAGUCAGGUCACUGGGGAAGAUGCCAUGUCAUUUGGGUUUUCUAUCACCGAUUUAAAAAGCCUUCUAAUCCUAAUUCUUCCAUUCACCAACUUCCUUUAGGCAAAAAGGGAAAGAUAUUUGGAUGUGAGCAUCUUUAUCUACAACAUGAGGGUGUGUGUGACCUUGGGCAAGUCAUUCAGCUUCGUUAGGGCUCAGUUUUCUCCGAAGUCCCUUCUAGUACUGACUCUAUGUGUCCAUGAGCCCUUCCAGUUCUAAUGAUCUGUGACAUUUCCAAGAGGAAUUUAAUUAAAUUGGCAUGUUGACUAUAACCCAUAAGCCGACUUUAUUAAGCUAGAAGGUUCUAGUGCUCAGCUGAGGUGCAGUAAGAAUACAUUCACUAGUGACUCCUUUCUUUCCUUCAGUCUCCUGCUAUCUCUUUGAUUUUUAAGCCACCCUUUGAAAAGGACUGAUUAUUUUCCUAGCAGGCAAAGGAAAAAGCCUCUCUAAACAGGAGGGGGUCGCUUUUCUCCCCCGUCUAAUCCAGAGCUGAACCAGUAGGUGGCAGCAAUUUACAGGACCAGGACCUAAUGCUUUGUAUGCAACUGUUAGGCCAGGGUGGGAAGGGAAGGAAAGAAAAGGAGUUUCUAUCUAUCACGGGCCUGGAGAGACUCUGCCUGUCCUGGAAACUUGAGAGGAUGGGGGAGUCUUUUUCUUUUUUUAAAGCCUUUAAUGCCUUGGUUCCUAUCGGUGUCCACAUGAUAAAAAGAGAAUGCUGGAGAAUGAGUCUAGGCAUUGAGAUCUUGGUGCCAGCCACAUCUAGCUCUCUGACCACACCUCUGUUGCCUCCUCUGCAAAAUGGACGUACUCAUGCUUGCUCCGCUUUACCUCGCUUGGUUGUCCUAAGGACUGGGUGGUAUCAGCAUCGUGAUUGCUCUUUCAAGCUGGACUUUCUGGUCCCCGUUUGUAAGUCACUGCCGGAUGCUGCCCAGUCCUCAGCUUGAGAGGGGGUUUUAAAAGAAGUCUUGAACUGUGAACUGGGGCUUUGGGUGGAGACAAGAUGGCCUCGCCAGCAGACAGCUGUAUCCAGUUCACCCGCCAUGCCAGUGAUGUCCUCCUCAACCUGAAUCGCCUGCGGAGCCGAGAUAUCCUGACGGAUGUUGUCAUCGUGGUGAACCGGGAACAGUUCCGGGCCCACAAGACUGUUCUCAUGGCCUGCAGUGGCCUGUUCUAUAGCAUCUUUACUGACCAGCUGAAAUGCAACCUGAACGUGAUCAACCUUGACCCUGAAAUCAACCCCGAGGGCUUCUGUAUCCUUCUUGACUUCAUGUACACAUCCCGCCUGAACCUCCGUGAGGGGAAUAUCAUGGCCGUGAUGGCCACCGCCAUGUAUCUGCAGAUGGAGCACGUUGUGGACACGUGCCGAAAGUUCAUCAAGGCCAGUGAAGCAGAGAUGGUGUCUGCUGUCAAGCCUCCUCGGGAUGAGUAUCUGGCUGGCCGGAUGCUGCUGCCCCAAGAAGUGAUGGCCUAUCGGAGCCGUGAAGUGGCUGAUAACAACGGCCCCCUGCGCAAUGGUCCCAUCUGUGACGGACGAACCUUUGCUCCCGGCCUGUACAACGGCUUGACUGCGUCACCAGCUUCCUAUCCCGUUUACGGCCACCUCCCGGUGAAUAGCUUCUUUGAUGAGGAACUGAGGGACGUCAGGAUGCCCAUGGCUGACCUACCCAGGGCCAACCCAUACCCCAAAGAGCGGGUCGCCUCCUGUGAUAACACCCGGCCCCUCCCCACAGAUUACAACCGGGCCAUCAUGGAGGUCUCUGCCAAUAUGUGCCAUGCUAGUAUCUACUCCCCGAAAGAGGGUACUCCAGAGGAGGUGCGGAGUGAGGUACACUACAAUGUGACUGAGGCGGGCCCCAAACCAGCUGCCCCAUCUGCCCGGAACAAUUCCUACUUUGCCUGUGACAAGCCUGGCAAGGAGGAGGAGAGGACCUCCUCCGAGGAUGAGAUCAGCCUGCACUUCGAGCCCCCCAGUGCACCACUUAACCGCAAGGGCCUGGUGAGCCCCCAGAGUCCCCAGAAGUCAGACUGCCAGCCCAACUCGCCCACGGAGUCCAGCAGCAGCAAGAGUGCCUGCAUCUUACAAGGGGCUGGCUCACCCCCAGCCAAGAGUCCCACUGACCCCAAGGCUUGUAACUGGAAGAAGUACAAAUUCAUCGUCCUCAACUCCCUGAACCAGAGCACCAAACCUGAUGGGGCUGAGCAGGCUGAGCUGGGCCGCCUCUCACCUCGAGCUUACGUCCCAGCAUCUACCUGCCAGCAGCCCUCGGAACCCGAAAAUCUCAACAUCCGAUCUCCAACCAAGCUGGGUGUGAGCGGGGAGGACUCUGCCGUAUCGCAGGCCAGCAGGCUCAACAACAUCGUCACAAGGUCUCUGGCCGGCUCCCCCCGGAGCAGCACAGAGGGACAUUCUCCGCUCUAUCUGCCCUCUUCCAAAUGCCGCUCCUGUGGCUCCCAAUCCCCACAGCAUUCGGAGAUGUGCCUUCAUGCCACGGGCACCACCUUCCCAGAGGAAAUGGGAGAGACCCAGUCUGAGUACUCGGACUCCAGCUGUGAAAAUGGAGCUUUCUUCUGUAAUGAGUGUGAUUGCCGCUUCUCGGAGGAGGCAUCCCUCAAGAGGCAUACCCUGCAGACGCACAGUGACAAGCCUUACAAAUGUGACCGCUGCCAGGCCUCCUUUCGCUACAAGGGCAAUCUCGCCAGCCACAAGACCGUCCACACAGGGGAAAAACCCUAUCGCUGCAACAUUUGUGGAGCCCAGUUCAACCGGCCGGCCAACCUAAAGACCCACACUCGCAUUCACUCCGGAGAGAAGCCGUACAAGUGUGAGACCUGUGGAGCGAGAUUCGUCCAGGUGGCCCACCUGCGUGCUCACGUGCUCAUCCACACUGGGGAGAAGCCCUACCCAUGUGAAAUCUGUGGCACCCGUUUCCGGCACCUGCAGACACUCAAAAGCCACUUGCGCAUUCACACAGGAGAAAAACCCUACCAUUGCGAGAAGUGUAACCUGCAUUUCCGCCACAAAAGCCAGCUGCGGCUUCACCUGCGGCAGAAGCACGGUGCCAUCACCAACACCAAGGUUCAGUACCGCGUCUCUGCUGGCGACCUGCCCCCGGAACUACCCAAGGCUUGCUGA